AUGGAGGAGAAUGCUGCGAAUCCCGUGGACGGCACACAGGACCAACGCAUCGAUAUUGAGACACAUGUAAAGUUGAAACUAUGGACUUGUUUGUUGUGCCGUACAACGGACGAAAAGUUCCAAGACCAAUUUGGUUUCCACAUAAAAGAAGUUACGUUAGCAAAGAUUCUUGCCUAUUUGUACGCGCCCAAGGAUUCCUCAAGUUUGGCAGUUACGAGAAUUUUGUUUGGAAUUGCGAUGCUCUUCGACAUCCCAGAUGAGCGUGGCGGUGCGAUGAUGGAGCAGCGCUGGGGAAACCCCUUGAUGUGCCAUUUCCCCCUUAUCCCCAUCAUUAGAGCUGUGCCCAUGCCAUACAUGGCUCUGGUCUACGCAGCGCUCUGGUUUGGUGCACUAGGCAUAGCUCUAGGCUACAGGUACCGUUUAAGCGCGUGGCUCUUCACCAUCUGCUACUGGUAUUUGUUCCUGAUUGAGAAGAGUUUUUGGAACAACCAUAGCUAUUUAUUCGGCCUGGUGGGAUUGCUACUCGCGUGUACCGAGGCCAACUGUUACUGGUCGCUCGAUGUAUACUUGGGCUACUGCAAGAGCAGGAAAACGGUGCCGUAUUGGAAUUACUUCAUCCUGAAAUACCAAUUCUUUAUACUGUACUUCAUGGCUGGCAUGAAGAAGGGCACGGUUGAAUGGUUAACAGGGUAUUCCGUGCAGAACCUCAGCGAGCAUUGGGUGUUCAAUCCAUUCAAGCUAAUACUAACAACAGCACAGACGGACUAUCUCAUAGUGCACUGGUUUGUGUUCGUGUUCGAUCUGACCGUGGCGCUGUGGAUGAUGUGGUCGAGGACAAGACACGUCGCGAUGGUGUUCUGCGCUUUAUUCCAUCUUAUGAACAGCAGGCUCUUUAGUAUCGGUAUGUUUCCGUGGGUCUGCUUAGCCACAAUGCCGCUGUUUUACCCUUUUGAUUGGCCAAAACUUAUCACAAGCUACGCGGAAACUCAGGCUGCGAAAGUAAAAGGAGUAUUUCGCAAAUAUAUAUGCAAUUCUGUUUUAAACAGCAAUUACAUCCAGUGCCCAAGUUACACAUUACAAAAACAAUUCACUGCUGAGGAAAAAACUGAUGAAGGCAGUGACAAAAAUAAUGUUCUUAAUGGAGAGGCAGAGAAAAUAAACAGUGACAAUGAAUUAAAGGACUUGGAACAGAAAACCAAUAAUGAACGACCUCAACAUAAGCAUGAUUGGAAAGUUGUAAAGAAGUAUAUUACUUUAGCAUUUAUUGGUUUUCAUAUACUGACGCAGGCGUUUUUGCCAUAUUCACACUUCAUUACAAAGGGUUAUAACAACUGGACGAAGGGAUUAUACGGUUACUCUUGGGACAUGAUGAUUCACACAUGGAAUAUUGAAUCGGUCGUUGUGAAAGUCGUGGAUAACAUAAAUCAAGAGGAGUUCUUCAUUGAUCCAUCCUUUUAUACUCCUAACGAUAGAUGGACGAGGCAUGGCGACAUGGUUCACCAAUACGCUCAAUGCCUGAAAGAACGGGUUGGAAUCCUUGGGAACCAUGAUUUCUAUUUCAAUUUAUCAGUUUACGUGGAUGUGUGGUGCUCCAUGAAUGGGAGAUUCACUCAGCGUAUGUUCGACUACAAAGUGGAUUUGUUGGAAACGCCGUGGUCGCCAUUCCAACCGAUUUCGUAUCUCAUGCCGUUGCUAGAUGAAGCGCUGAGCUGGAGGGAUGUACUACGCGAAAAAGAAAAGGAUGUACACUCUUGGAAUAAUUACAGCGAUGUAGUGUUUAUUGCCGAUUUCCCAGGUUACGAUCAAGAAAAAUAUCUUCCACCCGAGUUGACAAACAUUACCAUCACAGUAUUAAACGGAACUGUGGCUUUUCAACCUGAGUUGUCCAGAUAUAUGAACGCUCAAUCUUAUCGCGUAAAGAAUGGGGAACACAUCAAAUUAGAACCAGGAACCUCCCAUAAAAUAAUUAAUAUUGGGGCAUCUCCGGCUUUUUACAUGUACACGUUUGCUAAUGGUUCUGAAGCCUUGAAUUUUAAAGAUUCACCCCCAAAACCGAAACUACCGAUUCGUCAAGAAUUAUUAAGACGUCUGAGGAAUAUGGUUAAGUUUGCAAGAAUUGUUGGUGCUAAAGUAUUCGAAGUAUUUAUACAGUUAAAAUUUUGCAGUUAAAUUUUUUUGGAAUAUUAAAUUAUUUAUCAUAACUAAUAUCACAAAUGCGAA